AUGGCGACCCCGCCUCCCGAGGCUCCUCCCCUUGUCAAGGAGGACAAGCCUCAGCUGCCUCCCUCGCCGACCGGAGUCGCUGCGCCCGACCUGGCGCCCAUGAGCGUGCAAAAUAUGGUUUCAGACCUCAAACAAGAUGUUCCCCCGACCCUGCCUGAGAUCACUCCUACGGCGGUGAAUGGCCAUACGCCUGGCGAGACUGCCAUCGCCAAUGGUACCAAUACUGCUGCCUCUCCCCCCAAAUCUCCUGCUCCGCCGGCACCCGUCGAUAGUGAACCCCCUUCUUCGUCGGUGCCAGCAGAGACGCCCUCUGCCGCUCAGCCUUCCAUCGAGCCUUCCCUCGAGCCUUCUGUCGAACCUUCUAUCGAGCCCCCCACGGCUACAGAGUUGAAGAAAGAAAGCCCAGAGGACCGGGCUACGCCCAGUCAGGGCCCGACUCAGGAAUCUGCAACACCCGCUGCGGAGACACCGGCGAACAAUGUUGUUGUUUUUCCUCCGUCAAGGCAGGGACCCGCGAAUACCGGCAGUGAGCCACCUGCUCAGACCGAUGGCGCUGCUGAUACUCCGGACAAGAUGGACAUUGAAACCCCACAGGACAUGUCUGCCUCCGUGAAAACCGAACUGCCCCACCACCUCUUCGCCGAGAACAAAUCCGCCGGCCCGCAUGACCCUGCGGCAGCGUCUUCUACACCCCCGGUCCUGCCUUCGCUUCAAACCGAUCAGGAGAUGAAAGAUGCACCCCCUGUGCCCAUGUCUCCGACCAAGAUCGCCAGAGAACGCGAAGUCGAUGGUGGUGAAGAACCCGCUGCAAAGCGCACCAAAGUUGAAGGCGAGGACUCGGCUACUACCGAAACCAAGGCUCCGAAGUUGCCGACUCCGGGGACCGAAACCCCCGGGCCGGCUCCUCCGGCCAGUGGCGAAUCAGGAGUCACCAAGCUGCAGCAGAAGUUCAUUUCAAAGUGUCUGACCAGCCUGAAGCGUAUGCAUGAUGCGCGCUUCUACAAGGUGCCUGUGGACCCCGUCGCGCUGAACAUCCCGAAUUAUCCCAAUGUGAUCAAGCAACCCAUGGACUUGGGAACGGUUGAGAAGAAGCUCAAGGCCAACGAGUAUUCGUCUCCGCAAGGGGUUAUUGACGAUGUCGCUUUGAUGGUUCAGAAUGCCCAGACUUUCAACGGUCCGGACCACCUCGUUACCCAGGAAGGUCACAAGUUGAGGGCGACAUUUGAAAAGCAAAUGGCCAAUCUUCCCAAGCCUGACGAGGUGGAGGAAAAGAAGCCCAAGAAGGUGGCGGAGAAGACCUCUGCUGCGCGUCGGGAGCCGCGGACCUCUACCGGUGGCCCGGUUGCUCCGCCCAAGGCAACCUCACCCCAGGGGGGAACGACCUUUGCGCUGGGCCCAGAAGGAUUGCCCACCAUUCGGCGAGACUCUUCCAACCCCGACGGACGUCCGAAGCGGUCGAUCCACCCCCCCAAGCGCGAUCUUCCCUAUUCCACCAAACCGAAGAAGAAGAAGUUCCAGUGGGAGUUGAAGUUCUGCCAGGAGGUCCUUGAUGAACUGCACAAGGGGAAGUACUACGAAAUUGCCGCGCCUUUCUAUCUGCCCGUGGACCCUGUUGCGUUGAACAUCCCCAACUAUCACAGCGUGAUCAAGAAGCCGAUGGAUCUGUCUACCGUGCAGAACAAACUAAGGUCUGGCCAGUACGAGAACGCCAAGGAAUUUGAGAUCGAUAUUCGCCAGAUGCUGAAGAACUGCUUCCGGUUCAACAUGGCCGGUGAUAUUAUCUAUGCGGCCGGCCAGCGAUUGGAAGAAGUUUUCAACUGGAAAUGGAGCCAUAAGGCUAGCUACCUGGAGUCCCACGAGCCGCAUCACUACCAACAUUCCGACUCGUCCGAUGAGGACAGUGAUGAGGAAGAAGACGAGAGCGAUGAGGAUGACGAGCGCCUUACGCUGCUCCAGCAGCAGAUUGCGGAGAUGUCUCGCCAGGUCGAAGCGAUCACCCAGAAGAAGAAGAAGACUCCUCCUUCGUCUAAGAAGGCUGGCAAGAAAUCGGGCAAGAAGGAUUCCAAGAAGAGCAGCGCUCCUAGCGGCAAGAAGGACAAGAAGAUCAAGAGCUCCAAGUCUGACAAGCCUCGCUGGGUAAGCUACCACGAGAAGCAGAUUAUCUCCAACGGUAUCAGUAGUCUGCCGGACAAGAAGAUGCAGGAGGCCCUCAAGAUCAUCCAGAACAAUGUUCCUGCUCUGAAGGGUACCCAAGAAGCGGAGAUUGAACUGGAUAUCGAUGAACUUCCCAAUGAUGUGCUGUUGAUGCUUCUCAAGUUUGUGAAGAAGAACGUGCCUCACAUCAUGGAUGACGAGGAUUCUGCGCCCGCCAGCAACCUCGCCGCCCCGAAGCCGAAAAAGAACAAGCCGAUGAGCAAGUACGAGCAGGAGGCUCAGAUUAACAUGCUCGAAAGCAACCUGUCUCGCUUCCAGGGUGGCGGUUCUCCCAACCCCAUGCCAUCUGUCGAAGCCAUGGAGAGCAGUGAUGACGAAGACGAAGAUUCCGAGGAGAGCGAGGAGGAGUAG